AUGGCAGACCAUCUGUUCCUUCCUGGCACCCCUCCGAGGCCCCUCCGGAUUGAGUACUACGGCCCGCUCUAUGAUGGGGGCGAUUGGGAUACGUUUCCCACUCGCUGUGGCUGGCUAGACGAAUCUGGGACAGAAAACUUCUCUCCAGGCGCCUUGGACCAGUCUGACUUUCUUCUCCGUGAGGAUGAAGAGGGUGGGGAUGAAAAGGGCUGUCAGUACAUCACAACAAGACAUUUGCAAAAAUAUGUUGAUGACGUUGACAACUGGAAAAACAACGAACUCGGGGCGCGAUCCGUUGAGAUUAUUAACAAAGUCUUCGGGUAUCUUCCCAGAUAUAUUCCUUGGAUACGUGAAAAGAUGUCCUUAGCCAUUCGACUGGCUAGCCUUAGUCUCUGGAAUGUUGUGAACAAACGAGAUGGCCCUCAGGCCGACCCUCCCAAUUCGUCACUCUGUUUUCUCACGUACGAUGAGAAAGCACAAAUGGUUAGGGAGGGAUGGUGUCCCCUUGAUGUACAGAAGUGUGGCUCUGCUGGUAUUCAUCUAGAUAGCCAGGCGUAUCUGCUGCAACUGGUUCCUAGUAAAGCCAGCUGGAACAACAGAACACAUACGUCUUGUACGAAGACAGAAUGCGUGGCGGACAAUAUAGAUGAGAGUAGCUAUGUUACUCGCCAUGUGCAAGAAGACUGUAGCUGUUCGCUACUUGAUGCAGACAUUGAACAGUUACAUACGGUUCUCCAGAGCGGAGGAAUCCCUCUUGUGAUGAUCACACCUUCAGGUGAAGACGAGCUCGGCAAUCAGCGAUAUGAGCUCAAAAUCGUGAAGAAACGCACUGGAAAGCCAUAUGUAGCUAUCUCUCAUAUAUGGGCAGACGGACGAGGUAACCCUAAGGGUAACUCUCUGCCACACUGCCAAUUGGAAUUUCUUUAUAAACAAGCAAAGCUCCUCCUCGAGGACAAGGAAUAUAUUCCUCACUACGAUGAAAAGACAUCUGGACCCCUACACACUGGGGCUCUUCGACUUGCCCAUUUUGCAGUGAAUAUGACUCGGCGUGGAGACUCGGUACUAGUGUGGAUCGAUACGUUGUGCAUCCCACAUCAAAGUGACGUUCGCAGUCUAGCGAUCCAGCGUAUCCGUGAUGUUUAUAACAGUGCUUAUCGAACUCUGGUUCUUGAUUCAGGCCUCAUGCUACUCGACUCGUCCUCAUCUAGCAAAUUAGCACUUUGCCUAAGAGUGCUCUACUAUUCAAACUGGAUUCGCCGGCUAUGGACGCUCCAGGAAGCAUUAGCCGCAAAGGACAAGCUAUAUGUUCUUUUGUCUGACAAGGCUAUCAACAUUGGUACCAUGCCAGGCGCGCUCAUAAAGAAAGUCGACCAAGAAGAAGUCCCUAUCUUCCAAGAGCGAAUGGCCACGAUAGCUGCAAGUGUUUGGUACUCGUACUUUCAACAACCCACCUACUAUGCAUCCAUAUCUGACCGCGUUGUCCUCGGUAUAAAUCAAGGUCAUGUAAUUGCUCGAACCUGGUUCAGUGUGGCUACACGAGCCUCCAGCAAAGACCGUGACCGUCCCACCGUUCUAGCGGGUCUCCUGAACCUUGAUCUCAAGAAGAUCCUCGCGGUAAAGGGAGCCGAGGGGCGCAUGCGGGUGUUAUACAGUAUGCUAGAUGAAUUUCCCCAAGACGUGCUCUUCCUUGAUGGGCCACGGUUUGAAGAAGAUGGACUGGGAUGGGCGCUGAAAGUAUGCCGAUUUACGGGUGUAUUUUCUCUACUUAUCCAUGAUACUGGAAAGAUCACGCCUCGGGGGCUCCAGAUCACACUGUAUUCUUCAUUCAUAUGUCCAUCUCGUGAAAUAUUUAAUCUGGGCAAAUUCAACCAGUCUGAUCAUGACCAAAGACGAAAGGAUUUGGAGCAGUGGGCCGAUGAGUCCAAAUUUGAUAUGGACCUUGCGACAGAUACGAAAGUCUUGCGGUUUGAGCUGAUCACUCCGAUGGAUCUCAGCUUGGAUGAGACAUAUGGGAUUAUCUUGAAGAGAUCCGAACUUGAUACAGUAGCCUACUGUGCAUUAGUGUCAUUGCAGGCAACUGAAGAUGGAUUUCAGUAUGCGCGAUAUAUUGGCCCAGGAUUCAUACAGGCUAUAACUCUAAAUAUGUCGAAAUUGCCUAAGGAUGGUUACCUGAUUCCAGGCACUGAGGAUGAUGCACAAAGACGUGACUGGAUUAUUUGUUGA